CCGACCCUUGGAGUUAAUGCAAAAUGAAGCUCUCAGGAUUAUUCUUGGCUGUCCCAGAUCUACAAAAGUUCUUAACAUGAGGAAGGAGCUUGGUAUUUCUAGUAUCAGUGAUAGGAUUGUUGAGAUUAACACUGUACUCGGUAUUAGAAUGUUAAGAAACGAACCAGACACUGUCACAGUGAAUCUUACCAAGUGUCUAGAGAUAAAUGAUCAACAAUGUAUUCCUUAAAAUUCGGGUUUGGAAAAUGGCAUCCCUUUUUGCAAACUGCAUUUAGCAAUCCACACUGGCUCCGGUUAGUUUCUUUAACAGUUUCAAAUGCUGAUUCUGACAAAGCUGAUGCUGAUACAUUUGGACGCCUAGCUUCAUCAUCUAGUGUAAAUGAACAAAAUUACAAAUAUAAAUGUAAAGAAAAGACUGCUUAUGGCAGCUUUUCAAAAAUUAAUUACUUUAAAAAAAACUUUCAUAACCAAGGAAGGAAAGGAGACACACUGUUAGUGGCUAAUUUGGAUGACUGCCAAGAAGAAGAUGUUUUAGAAAAAUGGAAGAGGUUUCAAGAUGCACAUAACGAGGAAGUUAUUAAUUCACUAAGUAUUGUGCAGGAUGAUAGUGAAGAGCAUUAUAAGUAUUUUCUAAAGAAAAAUGGUAAGGAAAAAAAUGUGGAAAGAGAAGCUAGCGGGGUAUGUAACACCCCUAGAGAAGGGUUGCAACAUGCUAGCACGGUACUUGGUUCAGAAAAUGAAGAGGCAAUCUUGACCAAGGCCACCAAUAGUGAUGAAUUUGGUACAAUUGAUCCACCAAAGCUUGAUCAUGUAGAUGAAGUUGGUGAUAAAGGUGAUGCUAGAGAACAAAGGUACCAAGAUUCAAAGCUGGAAAGGAAACACAGCCCUGUAUAUUAUGGACUACAAAUGAAAUGCUUGUGCAAGGAAAGAAAGCUGUUAGAUGCUUUGAAAAUCUUAGAAGAGGUGAUGCCAGCUGCUGGGGUCAAACCUGAUGACUUUUGCUACCAAGUUCUUAUAAAUGCUUGCGGGAGAGCAGGGUACACCAAGAAGGCUUUUUCACUUUACAAUAAGAUGAAACACCGAGGCUAUAAGAUUCAACCUGUAGCUUACACUGGACUAUUUAAUGCAUGCGCUAACUCACCGUGGCCAACCACAGAUGGACUGCAGCGGGCUACUGUACUGCGAGAACAGUUGAUAGAAAAGGGAUAUCUUUUCAACCAGAUAACCAGUCAUGCUAUGUUGAAAGCAUUUGGAAGAUGUGGAGAUAUCAACACAGCCUUCCAGAUUGUUGAUGACAUGAUUCUUCAAGGGAUGCUAGUCACCACUGAAACUAUUAAUUUUCUGCUACAAGCCUGUGUCUCUAACAAGGAGACAGGCUAUAGACAUGCAUUAAUGGUUUGGAGAAAAAUGCGUGAGCUGAAGCUGUCUCCAGAUAUUUAUUCGUACAAUCUCUUAAUACGCUGUAUCAAGGAUUGUGGUAGUGGAGAUCCACAGUUAACAUCAAAACUGCUGGUAGGGAAUGCAGAUAUCUCCAAUAAAGGAACGAAAGAGAUAAAUAAGAAGCAAAGACUUACAGAAAAAGUCCUGGUUAUAGAAAAUGAAAAUGAAAAAGAUACUUCCUUGGCAAGAAAUGCAAGUAGUCCUCAAUAUGUGGCUGAAUGUGCAGAAAUAACUAGCAAAGAUUCCCAUAAUGCUAGUGAAAAUCUAAAUGAGCAGAUGUAUACCAUGGUUGAAAUAGAGAGAGAAAUACAAGUUAAUACAAACGAGAAUCUUGUAUUACCCAAUUUAUUAGGGAAAAAAUUAACAAGUGGAACUGUUGUGAGUCUAGGGCCACUGGAUCAGCCACAGGACAGAUUAGCUCUUUUAGGUGGCCCCAGGGGUAUACUUGAACAGAUGUCACGUGACCGAGUAAAAGCAGAUUUGAAGACUGCCACUCAACUUCUGGACUCUUUGCCUGCAAGCACAGAGGCUGAGGAAGCGCUGCUCAGAUCCAUGAAAGAUAUUGGCCUCACUCCAGAUACACAGUUUUGCAACAUGCUUAUUCGUAAACGCAACUUUCGGAAAGAUGGAGAGGCUGCAAAGGAUGUUCUUGAAAUAAUGCAGGACUACCACUUACUUCCUGACAUCAUUACUUUUGGCUGUCUAGCAUUGGGUUGUCGGCACCUUCAGAAUGCACUUGACCUGCUACGGGAUAUGGAUGCAGCUAAAUUUAGACCUAAUCUGGAGAUUAUGACAAUUCUAAUAAAGAAUGGUUUAACGAAGAAAAAUUAUUUCUACACGUUUGAAAUGCUGAAGGAAAUGAACCACAGAAACAUUGAUCCAGAUGAUAAUCUCCUCAAACUUCUUGAAAUAGCAAGGACAAACGCUCGCAAUUUUAUCCUAAAAAUCGAAAAUGAAAAUGCUGAUGAGAAAUACAGUAGACAGAAGGUUGAAGAAGUCAGGUUGUAUCUUUUAGAGUACAAAAAUUGGCUUAAAAAAUCAAAGGUACAGCUUCCAGAUCAUCCUUGGGCACAGUAUAAGUUUACAACUCCUAACCAUGAGAGCACAGUUGCUUCAUCUUAAUAAUGUUAUGCUCUUCCAUAAAUUCAGCAAACUUGAUUUUUUAUCUCAUUGCCAAGUAGCAAAAUCCAAGAGUAUUUUUCAGUUGUUUAAUAUUAUAACAUGAAUAAAAACAUUUCAUUUGCUGUAUUAAUGAUGACCCUUGUGGGUUUAGUGCUUAGUUUUUAUCCUAAUAAUAAUACUGUCUUUUGUGGCUAGUGUUAUUGUUUUCACAAUUUGAUCUCAGGCUAAAUUAUAGUGAAUUUUGCAGUAGUAUGUCAGUACUAAUCAUUGUCAAGGACAGUAACCAUCUCUCCUAGGAGAAUGCUACCUUAUGCACAAAGAAAAAGGUUGAGAUGUUGGAAGUACAUUUAAAGCUUAUCAAGCCCAUGUUUGAAUAUUAUUAUUAUUAUUAUAAUCAAAAAGAAGCGCUAAGCCACAAGGGCUAUACAGCCCAUGUUUGAAUAGAAAGCCAAAUGAAACAGAAAUGUAGUUUUUUUUUUUUUUUUUAAGCAUUAUUAAAAUGAAAAUUAACAAUUAUAUGUAAGAAGGCAAGUACAGUAGGACCCCCGUAUGCGCAGGGGGAUACAUUCCAAGGACCUGCCAUGGAUACCAAAACCGUGGACAGUAGCAAAACCUAUAUACAAGUCCAAUACGUUCCUAUUAUAAAGUUUAAUUGAUAAAUUAUGUACAAUAAGUGGAGAAUUAGCACUUUUUCACUGAUGGGAAGCACUUUACGACUUCUCUUAGGCUUUGAAGAACUGCCAGCUUCUCUACUUUUGCCCUUGUGGACCAUUAUUAUGCAAAAUUAAGAGGUAUUUUUGGGCCACAGUAAACCAUGGGUAACUGAAACCACAGAUACUGAAUCAGUGGAUGCAAGGGUUCUUCUGUACAUUAUGAAUUAAUUGAAAAAAAUAUUUAUUUUAAUAAUGAAGGUUUAAUAAUGUUUAUGUAGAGUAAGUGAUGUGUCAGUGUUUUUUUAUGUACAGCUUUUAGUGUGUAAUUAUAUUUUCAUGAUGUAAUUAAUGUCUUAAUUUCAUGUUUCAUUAAAUUUCCAUUAUGACUUUUUUUUUAACACCCUGGCCAUCUCUCACCAAAGUAAGAUGACCUGAAAAUAAAACACUUUCACUAUCAUUCACUCCAUCACUAUCGCCAAAUUGCAAAUAUCCCCACUCCUCCAGAGUGCAGGCACUGUACUUACCUCUUUCUCCAGUGUUUUAGGGAGAGGCUUGGCCCCAUGAUAUAUGCAUCCCAUACCUGUCUCUUUUGUUAUUAUUAUUCACUGUAUAGCCCUUGUGAAUUAGCACUUCUUUUUGACUAUAAUAAUAUUAUUAUUAUUAUUAUAAUCAAAAAAGUGCUAAACCAACUCUGUGUUUAUCAUUAUAUUUUGUAUCAUUUCUUCACCCCAUCUCAUCUCUUGGAUAUCAGCAGUAGCACCAAGAGGUAUAAUAGUUACAGUGAAGACAUUAUAAAGUUUAAAGAGGAAAUUUUGCCUAUUUUGAAGAAACUUGAGGUGAUAGACAUGCUAUCCUCCAGUGAAUCCAAGAUCAUUUCAUAGUCCAGUAGUAGUGAGAGACGGGACUGACCUGCUUUAAACGCAUACUGCCCUUAGUGAUCUUGCCUCUUGAAACCCUUUCAAAGAUUUUUAUGUGGGACAUUAAUGCUAUCAGUCUAUAAUUCUUUGCUACUACCGUCCAUCUUUUGCAGGGAUAUGUAUACCCAAUUCAAACUGUUUUCCAGUUUUGUCUAAGAGCUUGUAGGAUUCUGGUUAGAGUAAAGAAGUUAUUUUCAAUUAAACUAUAGUUGGGUUCUUAAUCGACUUCUUCUAACCACUCAUGUUUGGGAAACUGUUCUUGCAUUACUGUGUAUUGGCCAUUCAAUAUUCACAGCUUUUAUGUAGGGAGGUGUUUGGCACAUUUAUGCUUACUCGUACUGUUGAUUAGAGAACACAGGAUUUAUUUUCAUUCUGCUUUUCAGCACCUGGGUGCUCUCACUUUGCCUACUUUCCUUUCUGGAAGCUCUACUUUUAGUGAACACACAUGCUAACUUUUUGACACCGACUCAUGCCACCGUUAACUUUCCUUGUUAAUUUAUUGCACCACUUCCUUUGCCAGUAGCUCCCCUCAGCCUUGUGACCAUUUAUUGUGUAUGGGUUGAGCACAUUUUGUUAAUAUACUGUGAUAAUAAUUGGCAAGGAUGCUACCUCAGAGAAUAUAAGAGCAUAUUAAUA